AUGAACGGGAACAAUGACAGCACUAUCAGCAUGGAUGAUGAUGCCAAGUGGUUGGAGUGGGUAACUAAACAGUUCGAAAAUAUCGCCGGCGAGGAUAAGGAGAUUGAUUUGGAAGAAUUCAAGAAAGCUCUCAAAGUGAAAGAGUCCUUCUUCGCAGAAAGGUUUUUUGCUCUGUUUGACUCUGAUGGGAGUGGCAGCAUAAGCCUGGAUGAAUUGCUGAAGGCUCUAAAUCUCCUUACGCAUGGGAGUGAAACAGACAAGCUACGCUUCCUCUUCCAAGUCUAUGAUGUCGAUGGCAGCGGCUCCAUUGACCCUGAUGAGCUGCGCACGGUCCUCAAAUCCUGCUUGCGGGAAAGUGCCAUAUCGUUGCCGGAGGAGAAGUUGGAUGACCUCACUCUGGCGCUCUUUGAAUCUGCUGAUAAAGACAACAGUGGCACCAUUACCUUUGAGGAGCUUAAGGAGGAGCUAGAAAACCUUCCAGAAGUAAUGGAGAACUUAACAAUCAGCGCUGCCAACUGGUUAAAACCACCGAUUGCGGAGAACUACACAAGAAAACCCCCCCGUUACCUGACUCCAGCCUACUGGCACAAUAACAGCCGCAAGCUGCUCUUCAUGUGCUGCUACCUGCUGAUCAACAUCUUGCUUUUUGCAUUUGCGGCAGUGAACCAAAGCAGCUUUGGUGAAUGGUAUAUGGUGGCAAAAGGCUGUGGUCAGUGCCUUAACUUCAAUUGCACCUUCAUCGUGGUCCUGAUGCUGCGCCGAUGCCUGACCUGGUUAAGAGCCACCUGGGUGGUGAAGGUGUUGCCUCUGGACCAGCACGUGCUCCUGCACCAGCUGGUGGGAUUUGCUAUCUGUGGACUGAGUAUCGCUCAUGCUACUGCACAUGUUGCCAACUUUGGGAAAAUGACUCACACAGAUGGAACCUACCAGCUGUGGGAGUAUCUGUUUACCACAAGGCCUGGGAUUGGAUGGAUAUAUGGAUUGGCUUCCAUCACUGGCAUCAUCUUGCAGUUCCUCAUCGUUUUGAUGUUAAUCUGCUCAAGCACGUUCAUUCGCAGGAGAGGACACUUUGAGCUCUUUUAUUGGACUCAUUUGUGCUACAUUUGGGUCUGGGGUUUGUUAAUUCUUCACUGCUCCAACUUCUGGAAGUGGUUCGUGGCCUCGGGAUUCUUGUUUCUCAUGGAAAAAAUAGUCGGAAUUACAGUAUCGCGCAUUGGUGGGACACAGAUCGUGGAAGUCAACUUGCUGCCAUCUAAGGUAACCCAUCUUGUUAUCAAGAGGUCGGCAUUCUUCCACUACAAGCCAGGAGACUAUGUAUAUCUCAACGUCCCAGAGAUUGCCAAAUAUGAGUGGCAUCCAUUUACGAUCAGCAGUGCUCCAGAACAACAAGACACUAUCUGGCUUCACAUCAGGUCCCUUGGCCAGUGGACCAACCAACUGUACGAGUACUUCCGUCUACCUGGGCAACCGGGCAACGAGCCAAAGAGGCUGACGAGAAACCUGCGGAACAAAAAGCACCAGAAAUGUGCACAGGUGUCCACAAAAUUGGGCGAGAAUCAUCAAUACUGCAACAUUAAGUGCUACAUUGAUGGUCCUUAUGGGACUCCAACCAGGACAAUCUUUACCUCAGAGCAUGCAGUGCUGAUUGGAGCUGGAAUAGGUAUCACCCCAUUUGCCUCUAUUUUACAAAGCAUUAUGUACAGGUAUCGCAUGAGCAAACAGAAUUGUCCCAAUUGUAACUACUCCUGGUGUGAAAACGUCAAGGAUAAUGAGAUGAGUCUGAAAAAGGUUGACUUUAUCUGGAUCAACAGAGACCAGAAGUCCUUUGAGUGGUUUGUUAGCCUCCUGACUAAACUGGAGAUGGACCAGGCUGAUGAGGAGAUUCAAGGCAGGUUUCUGGAGAUGCACAUGUACAUGACAUCUGCCCUCAGUAAAAAUGACAUGAAGGCCUUGGGUCUACAAAUGGCUCUGGAUCUUCUGGCAAAGAAGGAGAAGCGUGAUUCUAUUACAGGCCUACGCACCAGGACCCAGCCCGGCCGGCCAGACUGGAACAAGGUUUUUCAAAGGAUUGCCGAGGAGAACAAGGGAAAGGUCCACGUAUUUUUCUGCGGUUCUCCAGUCUUGGCUAAAACAAUCAAGGCUCAGUGUGAGCGAUUUAGCUUCAAGUUCUACAAAGAAAACUUCCAGUGACGUGUUAUGGUUGUGCAUCAACGCGGGCUUUCCUCUGAUUCAAUGUAGUGGGUAUAGUGUACUGGAGCUCUCCCCUUCUAGCCUCAUGCAAAGCAUUUGCCCAGCAGGGUGCAGGAAUGUGCUUGUGAUUGAGUGAUCCAAGGUGGUGGAUAGAGAAACAGCUUAGACUACAGAAAGAGUCUAGACGCAGGAAUGAAGGAGAGUAACAAACUCUGUAUUACACUAUUAGUGUCUAAGGGCUUGAAUAACGUCUGACAGCAUGAGGUUUAAGUGAGGAGAGAUCUUGUCUGUUUAUCUGAGGCAUAUUUUGGCUGAUUAUCAAUGGUUCUUUAUUGUCACCAUUGAAAUUAUUUUGCACAGUCGCCAUAUUUUGGUGGAAAAAGUCCAAAGUCCACACGCUGGGCAUCCACGCAUAUUCGAGGGCAGGCGUGCAUUUGAUUUAAUAUCACAUCCAAAAGAGGAUGCAGCAGUACUGUGCUUCUGUGUCGGUGCAGGAUUUGAACACACAACCUACUGACUUGGAGACAGGAGUGCGUGCUCCACACGGGAAUAAUCGGAGUGUGGCUAAUGAAUGGCCCGUCUGAUGCCACCAGUUAUUCAGACCCAAAGGCCAUGGGUGUCAUCUCCAGCAUGUACUAGGUUCCUUGAGUUGCGGUAGACUGCUGUGGAAAUGUGAUCAAAGGGUAAAUCUACCGAGAAAGAUUCCCAAUCCUGAUUUUCGUGAAGAGAGUCGUGCUGUUUUGUGGGUUGAAUUGUGAAGCGCCUGGAAGUUGACUAACUACCCUGUGGCACUCACGGGUCACACAUGAAAUUCGGCAUUUUGAUAUCGGAAGUCCCACUACCUUUGGAACUAUGUUAAAUACUUUGGGAGAGCAUUUAUAAAUAAAUAAUUUGGGAGAGGGCGGGGUUUAAAAUUAAUAGAAUAAGUUCAAAUAUUUACUGAAAUCUCUCUUAUGAACAUUUUAUUCACAUUCUCCGCAUCAUAAUGGAUGGAGUAAAAUCAUUAGAAAUGUGUAUUUUAACAGAGGAAAGCCCAGGUAUCUGCAAUGACAAUCGGAGAUCUUGAGAUCCAAUCUGUGUCUACACUUGUACAGUGUUUCUGAUGUGUGUUGGCGCCACAGAAUAAUAGGUAUUCCAGCAGUGGUACAUGUCACUAGCCUUCCAAUGUGUCUGUAUAAUGAGUACUUUUAAAAGAGUAAAG